AUGGACGGCCGGGACCAGCACCCGCAGCAGGCGCAGGCGCAGACGGCGCCGCGCGUGGGAUCCCCGCCGCAGGCUGGCGGCGGCGGCGGCGUCAUGAUGCAGCACGCCGCCGCCGCGUUCGGUGCCGCCGCGACGCCGCCCGGGAUGCCGCCGACCUCGGCGGCCAACGUUAUGCACGGGAUGCCCCUCGCCUUCAACAACCCCAUGGCGCCGUCGCCGGGCGCCUCGUCGCCGAUGAACAUGAAGCCCGCGGACAUGCCGCCGGGGCCCAUGUACCGCCCUGACUCCGGCGCGCCGGGCUUGCAGCAGCAGCAACAGCAUCCCGGCUCCGGUGGCGUCGCCGUCAGCGGUGGGGAGCUCGUGAAGAAGAAGAGGGGGAGGCCGAGGAAGUAUGGCCCGGACGGGAGCAUCGGUUUGGGACUCACGUCCGCGGCAGCGGCGGGCACUGAAGCGGCGGGCGGCCGGUCCGGUGGAGGCGGCUCUAGCUCCAACCCCGACGGCAAGCGCAGAGGACGGCCCCCUGGGUCCGGCAAAAAGAAACAGCUCGAUGCUUUGGGAUCUUCGGGGACAUCAUUUACUCCCCACAUAAUAACUGUGAAGCCUAACGAGGAUGUUGCAUCCAAAAUAAUGGCUUUUUCUCAACAAGGCCUGCGCACUACAUGCAUAAUUUCGGCAAAUGGCGCUCUGUGCACAGCAACACUGCGUCAACCAGCAACUUCUGGUGGGAUAGUGACAUAUGAGGGCCACUUCGAUAUACUCUCUCUGUCGGGCUCAUUCCUGCUUGCAGAGGAUGGUGACACUCGAAGCAGAACAGGUGGUUUGAGUGUGGCACUGGCUGGAAGUGAUGGACGCAUAGUUGGAGGUUGUGUUGCUGGAAUGCUGAUGGCAGCGACACCUGUACAGGUUGUAGUUGGCAGUUUCAUUGCUGAAGGUAAAAAGCCAAAAGAAGAGCAACCGAAACGCGAGCCAACAUCGGUGCCACCACACACAGCUGGCUUUGGGGCAGCCUCGACUGCCAGCCCCCCAUCGGAUGGUACAUCAAGCGAGCACUCUGAUGAUCCAGGGAGCCCCAUGGGACCAAACGGCAGCACAUUCACCAACGCGGGGCUUCCCCUGCACUCCACAUUUGCUCCAGCUGGUUGGUCACUAUCAGGGAACCAAAGCCGCUAUGAUCCAGAUCUAAAGAUGAUGACCGACUGA